CCCCCGCGCAGUUAGGAGGUCGGGACGCACCCCGAGCCGCCGGCGGUGCCCCGCUGUAGGAUGGAAAGCGAGGGCGACAGCUGUUCGUGGGGAAGGAGAGAAGACCCUGUGGUCGUCCGCGAAAAACGUCUGUUUAAGUCCAGGUUGCCGGAGUGCCUCGUCCAGGUGGCGUGCGGACACCAGCACUGCGCCUUCCCGCUGAAUCGCAACGAGCUGUGCGUCUGGAAUACAGCUGGCAGCCCUGCUGCACAGCCAUUAUGUUUGUCAGGACAUCAGCAUGCAAUUUCUGCACUGUCUUUUGGAAGUAAAAUCAAUCCACUUCUAGUCUGCUCAGCUUCCCAUGAGCGUGUGAUAGUGUGGAAUCUUGAUGAAUGCACAACGAAACUGCGAGACGGGUUAACACCUCAAGGAAUUAUUAUUGGAACUCUUCUGAGGUUGGUUCUUCAUGUAAGAUUUAGUCCAGAUGAUCAACAAGUGGCAGUAUGUGCUUGAAAUCGAAUCUACAUGUUAAGUGCAAAGAAUGAAGCUAUACUAGUUAAAUUGAAUGGCCACCUGGCUCCAGUGACUGCUGCUGAGUUUUGCACGUGGCAGAAAAAUAUGGUUAUAUCGGUGUCUGAAGACAGAAGCUUCAAGGUAUGGGACUAUUCUACUAGACUGUUAAUGUAUCAGUCAGGGAUAUUAACAGCAUUUCCUUUGCUAAGUCUACUAGUUGACGAAGAAAAGAGACAGAUCAUCACUGGAUGUGCUGAAGGACAGGUGAAAGGCAAAAUGCUUCUGCUUUGCAAAACAAACAGCAUGAAACCAGAGGGGUCAGUGGAAGCAUCAUUGCCUGUUCUCCUAAUUGAACACUGUGACUAUUCAGUAUGUUUCCACAAUGAAGAAAAUAUGUGCUGUGCCCAGAAUAGAAGCUAUUUUUGGAAAGGAACCUCUACUGGCUUAUCAUUAAUAAAUUUAGCAAACUUGGAACUGGAAGCGUUUUUAUGUUACAAAGAUUACAGUGGCCUCAGUAUUCGAUUUGCUAGAUGGUGUUCAUUAAUGAAGAAAGCAGUUAAUGGAAAGGUUUUAUGCUUGAUCACUUCAAUGUUUGAAGACAUCAUUGCUGUGUUGGAAGUUAACCCUGCUUUGUUGGUGACAUCUCAGCAGAGUGGUGUUCUUAAAAGUGGAAAUGAAGGGAGUCUAUCAGUCAUUGCCAG